UCCAUCCUCUCAAUCCUCGCAGGACCGUUAGCGACCUGCUCUUUGAUUUAAAACUCUCACCUCAGCCCACAUCUGCCACCGGAUACCAGUCAACAACAUUUCUCAUUUCUGAGGGGUGUUGCUCUUCCCGAUUCAACUUGUUACUCAAGGAAAAGGCGGGCUGCAGAGAAGACGAGGUAUUACAACAAACAAAAAGGGUGAUUUUGUGGGAUUAAAAAGGACAAACAAAGGCAGCUUCGUUUAAACUGUUACCUGACAGAGAGUCAGGGAUCAUGACAGCGCUUGCAGGAGGUUUACCGAGAAUGAUGAGACCGACUCCUCACCAGAACUAUCCGCGGGGAGGAUACUCUCUGGAAGUCUCCACUCCGUUAGGACAGGGUCGGGUCAACCAGCUCGGUGGUGUCUUCAUAAACGGCAGACCUCUCCCCAACCACAUCCGACAUAAAAUUGUUGAGAUGGCACAUCACGGUGUCCGUCCGUGUGUCAUCUCCCGUCAGCUGCGCGUGUCCCACGGCUGCGUCUCCAAAAUCCUGUGCCGGUACCAGGAGACAGGCUCCAUCAGGCCGGGGGCCAUCGGAGGCAGCAAGCCCAAGCAAACCUCUUCUCCAGAGGUGGACAAGAAGAUCGAAGAGUACAAGAGAGAAAACCCGGGCAUGUUCAGCUGGGAAAUCAGAGACAAAUUACUGAAAGAUGGGGUCUGCGACAGGAACAACGUUCCCUCAGUGAGCGCCAUCAGUCGCAUCAUGAGGUCUAAAUUCGGCGGAGCCGGUGAUGAUGAAGAGGAGGAUGAUGAUGUGGUGAAGAGGGAGAUGGAGGAGAACGAACCACGGACCAAACACAGUAUCGAUGGCAUCCUGGGAGACAGAUCCAGUCACUCAGAUGAGGGCUCCGACGUGGACUCAGAGCCAGGCCUGCCUCUGAAGAGGAAGCAGCGUCGCAGUCGCACCACCUUCACCGCGGAGCAGCUGGAGGAGCUGGAGAGGGCCUUCGAACGCACGCACUACCCCGACAUCUACACGCGGGAGGAGCUGGCUCAGCGGGCCAAACUGACGGAGGCUCGAGUUCAGGUGUGGUUCAGCAACAGAAGAGCCCGGUGGAGGAAGCAGGCGGGAGCCAAUCAGCUAAUGGCGUUUAACCACCUCAUCCCCGGUGGUUUCCCUCCCUCAGCUAUGUCUGGCCUGCAAUCGUAUCAGCUGUCAGACAGCCCCUACACUCCGACUUCUAUAGCAUCCGAGCAGCCCAGUACAGUCCACAGACCGCAGCCUCUGCCCCCCACCUCCGUGCACCAGAGUGGGCUCGGCUCGGCAGCUGGCUCCCAGGACGGAAGCUCUGCGUACUGCCUGUCCUCUGGACGUCACAGCUUCUCAGGAUACUCGGACAGCUUUGUGACCCCGACAGGACACGGCAACACCGUCAACCCCACCAUCGCCAACAGCCUCUCACCACAGGUGAUGGGCCUAUUGAACCCAGGUGGAGUGCCACACCAGGCCCAGAGUGACUUCGCCCUCUCCCCGCUGACCGGAGGCCUGGAGCCUAACGGUGGCAUGGCUGCCAGCUGUCAUGGUUCCCAGCGUUUGGAGGCUCUACCAGGCCUGACCAGUAUGCCCACCCUGCCUAGCACCCAGUCUUACUGCCCACCUUCCUACACCGCCCAAGCCUACGCCAUGGACCACCAUCCAUCCUAUCAGUAUGGACAGUACAGUCAGAGCAAGGUGCCUUUCAUUAUAUGAAGCCCCCAACAUGGCCCGAACAGGAGGCUUCCCGGGCCAGUCUGACAUCCGUCGACCAGAGAACACCCCCACCCGCUCGCUGCCUUUGCCAAAGCUCCGCAGCCCCGAGGACAGCAAGAGAGAGGGGUUGAGGUGUCCUCCUUCAGCAAGGGAACCAGUGGUGGAGGAGGUGUAGUGAUGGCGAUGGAGGGGGUUGACUGGAAUAAUUUGGAACAAAGGCGCAGCCUCUCCUGUUACCUGGCAAUCGCUUUGCUCGUGCGUCAUGUCACGCUCCAAGGACCAAGCACCGCUCGUUGUCCAUGCUUAAAGAGGAAAAGAAGACAGGGGUGGGGAAAGGGGAGUAAAUACAUUCAAGAUUCUGUAUUUGAUUUUUGUAGUAAGUGGCAGAGAGGUGCCCCUGUGCUUCUGGGGCCCAACUUGAUAGGGGAAGGGCUUAUUCUUACAGUAUGCUUAUCAAAAGGCCGGAUGAUGAUAACGUGUUGCACUCAGCCACAAUGUUCUUCUAAGGAUCCCUUCAUCGUAAUUUCCUAGGAAAAUAAUAUUCAUUGAUGCGAUUCUCUUAUACGACUUUGGAGAUGAAAAUAUGACUACACCGGAAAAAAACAGCAGAAAGGCAUGAAACCAGGCUGAGCGGAGUCAUUGCGAAACCACUGCAACCCAAAGAAAGUGCAAUACAUUCAUACCUCAUGUGAUGUACAUUAACACGGAUCAAAUGUCCCCGAUUAUACCCUCAAAAAAUAUGCUCUCUUUUUAAUGUAAUUAAUUUUGGGUUGUGUGCAUUGAUCAAUCAGGGGAAAUCAUCAAGCGAUGAAAAAUAGAAACAUGUAGUCGUGAUGUCAUUAAGCCAAAAAAAUUCUCUGCCAGUGAAUACAUUAUUCAGUUUGACAGGUAAUUUUUUUUAUUUCGCAUGUGUUAAGUUAGAUUUUACCAGGAACUUUCAAACAUAAGUUCCUUUUCUUAUUUAUUUAGUGUUGGUCAACUGUUGUCUCUUCUGUAUGUUUUGUAUUAAGUGCGCUUAAGUGCUUAAAUCCUACACAAUGUUCAUUAUACAUGAUUUUUCUUUUGUAUGAUUUCCAUUUCCAUUGGUGUAAAAUGAUUUUGUUGUAAGAAGUUUUGUGUACAAUACAGCA